UAGUGCUGACAAAGUGUAUCUUGUUGUUGUUCUAAAUAUAUUAGUGUAUUGUUAAAAGUUUUAGUUUUAUGUUGCUGCUGCUUUGGUUUUUGUUAUUAACUGACAUUAGUAUUUCAGAUGGUAGUGGUUGUAGAUUACGCCGAUAGAGAAAAUGAAGGGGACCUAAGAAUGGAAACACAAUUGGCAACACCUGAGGCUAUAGCUUUUAUUGUUGCUGCACUCUUCCAAGACCACCCAGAUCUUCUUGAUGGGUUUAUUCAUUUUCUUCUUAAUGUUUCCGCAGCUGCCUCUGCUCAUACUGUUGCUCAGAAUUAUGGGUUUCGAGAUAGGAGCUCUGCAUUGCCUAUAGUGCGGCAACUGCAUGUUGAAAAGCCUGACCCAGAUGGUAGGAGGACUGUGAUAACUUGUGCAGCAUGUGGUGGGCAUUUGGGUCAUGUAUUCAAGGGAGAAGGGUUCAAGGUUUCAACAGAUGAACGCCAUUGCGUCAAUAAUGUUUCUGUCAAAUUUGUUCCUGGAAAUGCUGCUUCUUCCAUAUAAAACAUUACUUUUCAAAAUUGUAGUAGGUUUUUUAAAGUGAA